AUUUGGGGGAGUGGUCCAAGAUCUCAUUAAUGUGCUUGUUGAUCAACAGAGCUAGAGCUCGCUAGCUAGCUAGCUUAGAGAUAUAUAUCGAUAGGUGCAGUGAUGGGCAAGAACACAGUGUUAGAAGUGAAGGUGGUUAAUAUGGAGAAGAGGAAGUCCCCGGUCAAGUAUUACGUGUACAUUCUGGAGGUGAGCUGGUCAGAAGGCACUACCACCACCAUAUACAGACGAUAUAGCGACUUCUUUGAGUUCCAAUGUGAGCUUCUUGAGCGGUUCCCCGAAGAGGCCGGGUCCAGAGACCCAGCCAUGAGGAUGAUCCCUUUCUUACCAGGCAAGAAGCUACUGGGUCGCAGUCAAACUAGAGCAGUUGCAGAGAAAAGAAGAGAAAAACUGAAUGAUUAUUGCAGGUCACUGAUCCGGUUGCCUCCCACGAUAUCUGAUGAUCCGUUUGUCAUUGAUUUCUUUAAUGUUCGUCCAGAAGACCUUGCUCCUUCUGAUGAGAAGUCCUCCUCUAGCAAGAAAGGAGCAGAGGAGCCUAUCCAGGAGAUCAGUGGCCCUCUUGUGCUUGAGAGGUUUGUGGCAAUGGCCGACUACGAGAAACGGAAGAAGAACGAAUGCUCACUAGAGGCUGGGCAGACGGUUGAGGUCAUAGACAAGAAUGCCAACGGGUGGUGGUUUGUGAAUGUGGAUGACUUCAACGAGGGAUGGGUGCCAGCCACGUUCCUGGAGCCGAUAUACGGGGGAGAUGAGGUUGGCUCUCAGUUGUUGGAGCCAGGGCAAGAGGAGGUACACAUUGCUAUGUCUGCUUACUCCCCCCAAAACGAGGAUGAGAUUGCCUUUGAGAAAGGUGUCUUGUUGGAGGUUUUUGAGAAGAACCUGGACGGAUGGUGGAAGGUCAGGUACCAGGGACAAGAGGGGUUUGCCCCGGCUGCUUUCCUGCAGCGUUACCACGGAGCUGUGAUAAACACGGAGGUUACAACAGGUGCUCAAGUCGUGUCUACUAUCAACGAUGCCAUCUCCUCCAACGGUGCUAAGUCAGCAAGUUGGAAACCUGCUGAGUCAGCACGUGUCCCAACUCCAAAAUCUUCAACUUGGAAAAAUUCCGAGCCAACAAGUCCAAAACUUGACGAAUCAGCAAGUUGGAAACCACCAGAAGCAUCACGUGUCCCAAGUCCUAAGUUACCGACCAAACCUAAACCUUUUGAGUCUACAAGUAAACCAUUUGAUGCUCCACGCUUGACCAGCCCGACCAGCCCAAAGAACCCAGAGCCGGCAGCUGUGACAAGUCCAAAGCCAGUCAGCCCAAAACUUGAAGUGCAGAAAUUCGCCCCAACUUGGCACUCCGUGCAACAUCACCACAUUGAUAAAGAACCAAUCUAUGCUCCUACUCCAAGAAUCUUUCCAGGGAAAAAGAAAAAGCCUCCGCCCCCUGUUCUGAAACCAAAGCCCUCUACGACCUCCCCCACGACAUCCCCUGUAGACGACUCCUCUCAAUACGACCUACCACAGCCAGUGUACGAAUGUAUUGACCAACCAAAAGAGCAGAUUUACCUUACCAUUGGAGACUUUAAACCAACUAAUAUGCAGGACGGACUUUCCUUCACUUCUGGUGUCCUUGUGAGUGUCAUCACUAAGAAUGCAACUGGAUGGUGGUUUGUAGACAUGGACGGUGUCGAGGGUUGGGUGCCCUCUUCGUAUCUCGAAUCAACGACUUCCAACAAAAUACAAAGUCCUGUUUCAAAUGAACCUGCACCUCCCUUACCAGUUCGCAACUCCCCUAUUGUCCCACUACCAAAAAAGGAAUCACUGAAACCUUUUGAGAAACCAACGAGGCCCGCUUUAUCGCCAGCUCCAAAGAAAAAGACUCUGUCUAAGACUGACAACACUUCUGCCACUCGAGUUAAGACUGUUGCUCUUGGUACUAGCAGCAACAGAACUAUGAGAUCACUACGGCGAUCACAAAGUACUGAAUCAUUGGAUAGAGACACACAGCCAAAACCAGUUGUCAGACGAACAAAAUCUCCACCUGCUAUACAUCUUGCUACCACUAGUAAUGGUUGGAAACCGAAGCCAGUUCCUGUCAAGCCAUUAAAAAGUCCUCUACCGGUAGUGAGGAAUAUGGAAAUUAAAAAACCAGUAAGUAAAACAAUGUCUCCAAGAACUGCUCGUUUAUCGAAAGGGCAAAUUUCUGACCCACUUCUUCACAAAUCUCCACCAGCUGCCAAUCGACACACCUCCGUAUCCAAGACAGCUGCCAAUCGACACACCUCCGUAUCCAAGACUAUCAGCCUACAGUCAAUGAAUUCUAAGGGCCUUGCUUCUAAAAGUGGUACAAUGCACACUUCAAGAUCAGUGAACUCUUUAUUGGCUCCUGAGGACAAUUCUCGAUCUACAUCCAUUGGGACACGCCCUGCAAAACCAGCCCCUCCAACAGCCUCUCCGGCAAACAUUCGAAAAAAUAUCAGCUAUGACGUACAUCGAGGUCCACCGAAAAAGAUCGGUACUGAAACAAUAAAGAAUCCUGGUGCUUUAAGGAGGAUAUCUGAGACUGCCAAACACCCCCAAAGAGGGGGGAAUACUGUUAGUCGACCACCAAAUGUCCGUAGAGGUGGCAGUGAAGAGUCGACUGACACAGGACCACACCAUCUGUCUGAACUCGAGAGUAAAAUUCGUCUGCGACCAAAAACAACAGAUAACGACAAGCCAAAGAAACCAGGACCCCCACAACGACCUAAAGCCCCGCCUUCCAGACCAAAGGAGCCCCCUAAACGUCCAGGUCCUCCAAAAUCUGGUCCAGCUGGUGUUAAACGACCUCCUCCCCCUAAACCUUUUGUAGCUCCCUCAGUGAAGAAGGCGACCAAGGCAUACGUUGUUGUUGGUGACUAUACUGGAGAAAAGGAUAGCUGUUUGACGCUCAGUGAAGGGGACUGGGUGGAAGUAAUUGAACGAAACGAUGACGGGUGGUGGUUUGUAGAGAUUGAUGGCAGUCAGGGGUGGGCCCCCUCGUCUUUCCUUGAAGAGAAACAGAAGCCAGCAGUCGAUACUAAACCUUCUAGACCAUCUCGUCCUAAGAUGCCUGUCCCGUACAAACCAGAGGCUCGUAACGUACCCACUAUUCCUUCUAGACCACGUCCACCUCCUACCAAGACACCUUCCGAUGAACAAGCUCCAUCAGACAGUACUCCUGAUAAUAAUACAGUUACCACUCCCAGACCAAAGCCGAGAACAAGAGUACACAAGAGCUCAGCGACAAAUGGUUUUGCUCGAGCAACGUCAGCGUACACAGUGCCUGCAUACGAGGACAAUGGCAUGGAGUUAGUACAGGGUCGACUGUACGAAGUAAAGGAGAGACGGGAUACUGGGUGGUGGUUAGUGAGGGAUGGUGAUUCCGAGGGUUGGGCUCCAGCUUCACACCUGGAGGCGAUCUAGAAUUAUGCCAUAUGUGUACUAUAUUAUGUGUACUAUACUGUUUGUUUCUUGAUUUUGAUUUUAUGCUUGAUGUGCCCCAUUACUACA